GGGCCCAGGAGAAGGCCGCGCCCGCGCUCGCCCCCGGCCCCGCCACCCUCCCGCCGCUUUGCGCGCCAUGGACGCCCCGGAGCAGCAGCCCGAGCCCGACGGCGGGGACGCCCCGGGCCACGAGCCCGGGGGCAGCCCCCAAGACGAGUUCGACUUCUCCAUCCUCUUCGACUAUGAGUAUUUGAAUCCUAUCGAAGAAGAACCGAAUGCACAUAAGGUCGCCAGCCCACCCUCCGGACUCGCAUAUCCCGAUGAAGUCCUGGACUAUGGCCUCAAGCCAUACAGCCCCCUCCCCAGUCUCCCCGGCGAGCCCCCCGGCCGAUUCGGAGAGCCCGAUAGGGUAGGGCCGCAGAACUUUCUGAGCCCGGCGGCCAAGCCAGCGGGGGCCUCGGGCCUGAGCCCUCGGAUCGAGAUCACUCCAUCUCACGAACUGAUGCAGGCAGGGGGGCCCCUCCGCGGGAGAGACACUGGCCUGCUGGGGGAGCAGCCGGCCCUGGCCGGCGCGGCCGCCAGCCCGCGGUUCACGCUGCCCGUCCCCGGCUUCGAGGGCUACCGCGAGCCGCUUUGCUUGAGCCCGGCUAGUAGCGGGUCCUCUGCCAGCUUCAUUUCCGACACCUUCUCCCCCUGCACCUCGCCCUGCGUCUCGCCCAAUAACGGCGGGCCCGACGACCUGUGUCCCCACUUUCAAAACAUCCCUGCUCAUUAUUCCCCCAGAACCUCGCCAAUAAUGUCACCUCGAACCAGCCUCGCUGAGGACAGCUGCCUGGGCCGCCACUCGCCCGUGCCCCGUCCGGCCUCCCGCUCCUCGUCGCCUGGUGCCAAGCGGAGGCAUUCGUGUGCCGGGGCCUUGGUUGCCCCGCUGCCCGGAGCCUCACCCCAGCGCUCCCGGAGCCCCUCGCCGCAGCCCCAGGACGACGGUGCCCCCGCUGGGUACCCCCCCACGGCUGGCUCUGCCGUCCUCAUGGAUGCCCUGAACAGCCUCGCCGCGGACUCGCCCUGUGGCAUCCCCCCCAAGAUGUGGAAGACGAGCCCGGACCCGUCGCCGGUGUCCGCCGCCCCACCCAAGGCCGGCCUGCCCCGCCACAUCUACCCGGCCAUGGAGUUCCUGGGGCCCUGCGAGCAGGAGGAGGGGAGGAGCUCAGCCCCCGAGUCCAUCUUGCUGGUGCCGCCCACCUGGCCCAAGCAGCUGGUGCCUGCUAUUCCCAUCUGCAGCAUCCCAGUGACCGCAUCCCUCCCUCCGCUUGAGUGGCCACUGUCCCACCAGUCGGGCUCCUAUGAGCUGCGGAUUGAGGUGCAGCCCAAACCACAUCACCGGGCCCACUAUGAGACCGAAGGCAGCCGAGGGGCUGUCAAAGCUCCAACUGGUGGCCACCCUGUCGUUCAGCUCCAUGGCUAUAUGGAAAACAAGCCCCUGGGGCUUCAGAUCUUCAUUGGGACAGCUGAUGAGCGGAUCCUUAAACCCCAUGCCUUCUACCAGGUGCACCGGAUCACGGGCAAAACCGUCACCACCACCAGCUACGAGAAGAUCGUGGGCAACACCAAAGUCCUGGAGAUCCCUCUAGAGCCAAAAAAUAACAUGAGGGCGACCAUUGAUUGUGCCGGGAUCCUGAAGCUUCGGAACGCCGACAUUGAGCUGCGGAAAGGCGAGACGGACAUCGGCAGGAAGAACACACGGGUGCGGCUGGUGUUCCGAGUGCACAUUCCAGAGUCCAGUGGGAGGAUCGUCUCCCUGCAGACUGCGUCUAACCCCAUCGAGUGCUCCCAGCGAUCUGCCCACGAGCUGCCCAUGGUGGAGAGACAAGACAUCGACAGCUGCCUGGUGUAUGGGGGCCAGCAGAUGAUCCUCACCGGACAGAACUUCACGGCCGAGUCCAAAGUCGUGUUUACUGAGAAGACCACAGAUGGGCAGCAAAUUUGGGAGAUGGAAGCUACGGUGGAUAAAGACAAGAGCCAGCCUAACAUGCUUUUUGUUGAGAUCCCUGAGUAUCGAAACAAGCACAUCCGUGCAUCGGUGAAGGUGAACUUCUACGUCAUCAAUGGGAAAAGAAAACGAAGUCAGCCUCAGCACUUUACCUACCACCCAGUCCCAGCCAUCAAGACGGAGCCCACCGAUGAAUAUGACCCCACCUUGAUCUGCAGCCCCGCCCACGGGGGCCUGGGCAGCCAGCCUUACUACCCGCCGCACCCGAUGGUGGCUGAGUCGCCCUCCUGCCUCGUGGCCACCAUGGCACCCUGCCAGCAGUUCCGCUCGGGGCUCUCGUCCCCCGACGCCCGCUACCAGCAGCAGAACCCGGCGGCUGUCCUCUAUCAGCGGAGCAAGAGCCUGAGCCCCAGCCUGCUGGGCUACCAGCAGCCGGCCCUCAUGGCCGCCCCCCUGGCCCUGGCGGACGCCCACCGCUCCGUGCUGGUGCACGCCGGCUCCCAGGGCCAGAGCUCCACCCUGCUCCACUCCUCCCCGGCCAACCAGCAGGCCUCGCCGGUGAUCCACUACUCGCCCACCAACCAGCCGCUGCGCUGCGGCAGCCACCAAGAAUUCCAGCACAUCAUGUACUGCGAGAACUUUGCGCCCGGCCCCGCCAGGCCCGGCCCGCCCCCCGUCAGUCAAGGCCAGAGGCUGAGCCCGGGGUCCUACCCCACGGUCAUUCAGCAGCAGAAUGCCACCAGCCAAAGAGCCGCCAAAAACGGACCCCCGGUCAGUGACCAAAAGGAAGUAUUACCCGCAGGAGUGACAAUUAAACAGGAGCAGAACUUGGACCAGACCUACUUGGAUGAUGUUAAUGAAAUUAUCAGGAAGGAGUUUUCAGGACCUCCCGCCAGAAAUCAGACGUAGAAGAUGCCAUUAGCAAGACACCUUCCGUAUCUGACCCCUUGGAGCC